AUGAAUGAAGAUGAAUUUGUUGUUUUGAAUAAUAAAGCCAUUUUUGUAAAUUCUUCUGCACGAUUCUACAACAGUUCGGAAUACGUCUGGCAAAACCGAAGUCUCUUUAUCUGCGAGAACUAUGAUGAGUCCACUAGCAAGAAUGAUCAUGUCUUGAUUAUUUUAACUGAUGUGUGCAUGUCAAUAUCGAUUAUUGCACUGGUCUUUGUCCUCGUCACCUAUUCCUUGUUCGCUGAGCUAAGAACAAAUCCAAGUAUUAACCUCAUGAACCUCAGCAUUGCGAUUCUUCUUGCACAAUUUUUAUGGCUUAUUGGCAGUGAACAGACGAACACGCCCAUGGCUUGUACUGCCAUCGCUGUUCUUCUUCACUACUUUUUCCUGGUUUCUUUCAUGUGGACGUCCAUCAUCGCCUUUGACACUUGGAGGGCCUUCACUGCAAAAGGAAGACGUUCCAUGGCUGACUCAAAGCGCAAAAGACUGCUCCAUGCCCUACGAUAUAUGGCUGUUGGUUGGCUGUCUGCCAUGGUGUACGUUGCAAUCUGUGUUGCUCUUGACCUGACCAAUACAGUAAGCAUUGGGUACCAAUCUAGCAAAGUAUGCUGGAUGUCUAACAAAAUGGCUGUAUUGUAUAUCUUUACUGCUCCUGUAUCUUUGAUCCUAGCAUUUAACUUCGUGAUGUACAUCUUGACGAUGAAAGCAAUAAAUGUCACCACAGCUCAAGCACGAGCCGCAGCAGAUCACGAGAAUCGUAAGAACUUGUUUUUCAUUUACAUACGUAUCGCAUCCGCCAUGGGCUUUACAUGGAUUCUGGGUUUCAUUGCUCCGUUUAAAAUGGAUUUCCUGUGGUAUCCUUUCGUGGUAUUGAACGGUCUUCAGGGCCUAUACAUAGCACUGGCCUUUGGUUUGAACCAACGAGCUAGAAGAUUAUGGAAAAUGUUAUUUGGAGCGGUUACAAUGACAAAUAAAAACAACUGUUCGGCCAUAACGACCAGCAAUCAUGGUAUUACCUCUUCGUCCAUUGUAGCUGAAACAAGACUCUAA